AUGGCAGAUAUAACAGAUGAAUUAAUUGGAAAAUCAUCCUACAAAUCUAUUGUUAGUAAUGUUAAUUCACCAUCAUUAUCUGGUUCUCCAUCUAGACAUAUAACAGUUAUUGAUGUUUAUGAUCUUGCAUCUGAAAUUGGAAAAGAUUUUGAAAGAUUAGCAGAAGAAUAUGGAACAGAUGCAAUAACUAGAAUAAUGCCAAAAGUAAUUAGUGCUCUUGAAACAUUAGAAUCACUUGCUAAAAAAAAUUCAGAAGAAUCUGAUGAAGUAAUGAUGUUAAAAAAUACAAUUAAUAUUCUUGAAAAUGAAAAGAAACUUCGUUUAAAAGAAAGAAAUAGUUUUGAAGCUGAGUUAGAACAAAUAGAAGAUAAUUAUAAAAAAGAAAUAACAGAAUUAAAAGGAAUAGUUAAAGGAUUACAAAGUGAAAAUAGGAAGUUAUCUAAAAAAUUAAAUGAAAAUUCAAUGAAUAUAUCAGAUAAUGAAAGUGGGAUAGAUGAAAGUAUAUCAUCAAAAGAAGAUGAUUUAAAUAUGAUAAUAAGUUUAAAAGAGCAAAUAUCUACUCAAAAAGAUAAGAUAAAAGAAAUAACAUCUGAAAAUGAGUCUUAUGAAUCUGAAAUAUGUACAUUACAAGGUUAUAUUGAAAAAUUAAUAUCUCAGAAUAAAGAACUUAUUCGAAAAAAUGAAUCAUUAGGGUCCCAAGCAAGAGGUUUAAUUGGAGAAAAGAAUGAAAUUUUAAAAGCUAUACAAAAAUUAGAAAUUGCUAAUUUUGAACUUAAAAGACAAUUAAGUGAAACUGAAAAAGCAUGUCAAGAUUUAGAAACAUUAAAAAAAAAUAAUAGUUCUAAUUUAUCUAAUAGUGAAGAUGCUCCAAGAUUUACAUUAAGAGAAUUACGUGAAGUUCUUCAAGAAAAAAAUAUGCUUAAAGCAAGAGUAAUGGAAAUUGAAGAACAUAUGGAAGAGGUUAUGAAACGUUUAAAUAUGUAUGAAGAAAAAGAAAAAAGAGAUCGUUCUAAAGAACCAUCAAAUUAUCAAAAAUGCAUGAAUUACAAUUAUCAUUGCAACUAUGUUCGAGAUCCAUCAAUAGAUUCAACAUCUACAUUGUCCUGUGAUAUCAUGCCUGAUGAUACUCAUAUUUCAUUAAUUAAUUCAAAUGUACAAAUACCCACUAAUAAUUUAGCAACUAAUUUAGCAAUUAUGGGUUUUGAAGAAAAUGUAAAUAAUAGUUUUAAUUCAAGUAGUACUAUAUCAACAUUUUUGUCAUCAUCAAUAACGGGAAGAAGGAGUACGGGUGAUUUCUCUGAAAUCCAAAAAAUUCAUUCAUAUACUAAAAAAUUAGAAGAAGAAGGUGUAGUGGAAGCAAUUGAAUUUUGUGAUAAUCAAAUGUCCGAUGAAAUGUUAGUUUAUGGACCAAUAAAUAAAGAGCCUGAAGAAAAACUAACACCAUGGGAUUAUGAAAGAAAACAAAGUGGAAUAAAAAGAUUUUUUAAAUUUUUUACAACCACUUAUAGUGGUAGUGGAGGCUUAUCAUCACGUUUACCUGGUACCUCUAGUGAAGUUUCAAAUCCCACAAUAGAGGAAUAA